AUGGCCAACGUCCAGGAUCGAGGACCGCCUUCGACGGCCAACAUUGCACUUGCUACUGCGAUCGUAUCUGGUCUUGCCGGCUACUACCUAGGCCAAGCCCGCUCUAUCGGACUCUUCGGUGGCUCCACCCCACGUCGCACGUCGCCGGAUGAGAAGGCAGACGAGGCUUCCGAUAUCAGUGAUGCAGCCGAUAAAAGCGGAGACGAAGAAGACGACGUGCAGGAUCUUGGCGAGCUGAAGAGCUUUGCCGGCAGUACCGAAGAGUGCAAACUUGUCCUCGUGGUUCGCAAUGACCUGGGAAUGACAAAGGGUAAGAUCGCUGCUCAAUGCGGGCAUGCCACGCUCGCUUGUUAUAAGACCAUGAUCCGCACGAAUCCUGCUCACCCUGUGCUCCGCCAGUGGGAGAGGACGGGUCAAGCGAAGGUGGCGGUCAAGGUCGAGAGCGAGGAAGAUAUGCUCAUGUUGCAGGCGCAAGCCAUUAGUCUGGGGUUGUGCGCACAGGUCAUACACGACGCCGGCCGCACGCAGAUUGCCAGUGGUUCUGCGACCGUUCUGGGUGUUGGCCCGGGACCAAAGAGUGAAGUCGAUAAGGUCACGAGUCACCUGAAGCUCUUGUGA